UGUUAGGUGUACUGUCAAAACUUGCUUUCCUGGUCCUUGAGUUGGCUGAGAUUACUUUUGUUUUAAAGGUUCAAACAGCUUACUGAAAUACCAGUCUGCUCCUCCAGCCACUUUUAUUCCCAACAAACCUUUUAGCACUUUCAGAAGAUGUCCAUCACGGUGUAUUACAGCAGUGUGAGUGGCUCUAGAGAGGUGAAGCAACAUCAGUCUGAGAUUCUGCAGUUUCUGGAUGCCAAGAAGAUCAAGUACUUUGCUGUGGACAUCGCAGGAAGCGGUGACUUGAAGGAGGAGAUGAGGAAGAAAGUGGGAAACCCCUCAGCG